AUGAGCUUGAAUCCUAUCCAAGAAAUGGGCGAAUCACCCCAUUCAACUCCGGCAUACAAUUCUUUAAGCACUUCUUCUACGUCCUCAACAUCAUCACUUUCACACCAUCAUCAAGCGCCUAUUAGUACAAGUUUGCCCUCAUUUUCUUCUUCAGUUUCCACAUAUAUUGGACCGCUUAUUCAGGCAGGUGGAACCGUUACUACAACCACACCGAUGUCAACAGAUACAAAUGGAACAUGGUCUUCUCAGGCUUCACAGCAGCAACGUCAGAUACCUCAAGCUUCACAACUUUUCUCAACUUAUCGUUCUCAGCCUUCCCUUUCGAAUCGUUCUGUUCUUGCUUCUUCAAGCUCUUCAGCAGCUUCUUCCAUUUUGAAUGUUACCUCUUCUCCUUCAUCGUUGGUACCAUUAAUACCAUCUAUGGAGCGUUCCAAUUCAGCUUCAACGAUGUAUACAGUUUCUUCGGCGGGGGGACACUUUCAUGAAAAGUCGAAUUCAACAGGAUCAAUUAGUGUUAACUUAAAAGAUAGUGCAAAUACGAAUCAAUUGUCAUAUAUUCCAACAUCUUCGCAUCGAAGCCCAGUUAAUGAUAAUAUACCAUCGAUUGCAAAAGAAAUAGAAAGAUUAGAACAAGCAGGACAGGAUGAUAAAUGGGCAUCAUUAGGAAAAAAAGUUUUACCUUUAUUCAAUGGUUUAGGAUUAAAAGCAUAUAUUGAAGACUUGAAUGAAUUGGUAAGAUGCUGUAUGAAAGAUCGUUCUCCACAAUUGUUGCGAGAUGACAUAAACAAUCUCUUGUUAACGGGAAUGUCCACUCUUAAUGGCAAAUUGAGAGGUGUUCCCGAUGAAAAACUUGUCUCUCGCUUGGUUGAAAUAUGGUCAUUUUAUUUUGGAACUGUGUUACCUUAUUUUGAAGGUGUUUUCCUUCCAUUACAAACGCAAGCGACGGCACAACAUCAGCGUGAUAUGAAUGUUAGACGACUUGUAUUAAUGAGUUUUAGAGAUCAUGUGAUAUUGCCAAUUGGCGAUAGGGUGGAAGAUGCAUUCAACAAGUUAUUCCAUGAUUUUGAUUCAGGAAUUCCUGUGACAGACACAGCGGCUCGUAUGCUGCAAAUGUCAUAUAUUUUGUCAUCAAUUUUAUCUGAUGAUGAUAAACAGAAGGAUAUGGAUCGAAUUUUAGGUAAAUUGAAAAAUAACUGGAAAUUAUUUAUGAGACGUAGAGAUCGAAGAGGAUUCGUAGGAAUGUCACCUUCAAAUCCUUCCAAUGUACAAGCAGUAAGAGAGGCAACGGUUGGCAAUGUAGUUAACAAUACUACUAACUCUAUGAAUGGAAUGUCCACCACUACCAGUCCCGCUUCAUGA